AUGAUAUAUAUUUCAGGCGAUAUACCUGAAGUACAUAAGGUCCUCAUUAUCGGUGCUGGUCCGACAGGGUUAGCAGCUGCGCUCCACCUCGAACGACAAAAUGGGCUGUCAUCGACAGUAUACGAGAUUCGUCCGGAGCCCACCGCACUAGGAGGUGCGGUCAUGGUGCCUUGCAACGGAUUGAGGCUUCCUGGAUCGAUCGGUCUCUACGAGCGGCUAUCGCUCAAGGCAGCACAGUCCACCAAAAAUGUGUUAUACUCCAGUCAGGGCGAAGAGCUUGGGAAACUCGUUUUGGGAUCAUGGAGCGCCGAGAAGACAGGUUACUGGCCUAUGAGGGUUAAGAGGACGGACUUACAGGAGGCACUGUGCACCGAGGCCCAGACGGAGGAAAUUCCGAUUCACUACGGCAAACGCCUCGUAAGCAACAAAGACCACGACAAAAAGGUUACAGUCAUGUUUUCUGACGGCAGUGUUGACACCGCCGACCUGCUCCUGGGAUUAUUCAGGCAUCUCGACCAUCUAUUCUUUGUCCCUGUAUCUGUGCUGCCCCCUAAGGGCGGGGUGACGAAUCUGACAGGAACUCUGACUCCGCAUAAAAUGUUCGCGCUCAUGCCGUGCACCGCGUCUGGGGACACACUCUACUGGGUUUUCUCUUACGAAGUCCCUAUGCCGGCCUCGGGAAGCAGCAGCAGCCGCGACGGCUGGGCAGAGCGUAGCCGAAUAGAGGAAGAAGGGUUUAAGCCCACCUUGCUUGCCAUCCUGAACGACGUCCCUACCAAGUGGGGCGCUCUUCUGAGGGAGGUGGUCGGAAAGACCGACGUCGUUAAGUUCUACCCCAUCUACAGGCUUCGACUGGGAGGGAAGUGGUCCAGGGGCCGAUGUCUCCUGAUAGGCGAUGCCGCACACGCCAUGUCCCCCCAUGUCGGUCAAGGAGUGAGCAUGGCCCUGGAAGAUGUCUUCCUGCUCUCACGGGUACUAGAGCUGAAAUAA